CCCCUUCCACCAUCCCCUUCCCCUCUCAGCUUCCCCAUCGAAGCUUACUCGACUACCAGUACUAGUUUCUUUUAGUUUCUCUCAAAUUACCUUUUAGUUACCCGGCGCUAUCGGCAUCGUUUGUACUACUACUCUACUACCAGGCAGAUUUCCAGGCCAAGAAACGGACCAACAGCUAGCUAAUCGGUGCCGUUACUGGUCAUGGCCGCCGCGAGUUUCAUCAAGGCGCCCGCCGGGCAGAAUCCCAGGCUGGCAGUCCACGCUCCGGGGAGGAGCGGCCGCGUCGUCAGGUGCUCGCUUGGCGCGGCCGUCGGCGGCCGGACCGAGUGGCUGAGCAGCUGCGCCGUCCUCUCCAGCAAGGUGGCCGCGCUCGGCCCCCACUCCGUCAACGGCCACGCCGCGCCGGCGCCGGCCCCCAACGGCGCGGUGCUCGAUUUGAUCCCCGUCAGCGGUGUUAACGGCGCCGCCAAGAACCUGCCGGCGCCGCUGCGGAUUGCGGACCUGUCCCCGGCGCCGAUGCACGGCUCUGAGCUGCGCGUGGCGUACCAGGGCGUGCCGGGCGCGUACAGCGAGAAGGCGGCCGGUAAGGCCUACCCGGGCUGCGACGCCAUCCCCUGCGACCAGUUCGAGGUUGCGUUCCAGGCCGUGGAGCUCUGGAUCGCGGACCGGGCCGUGCUCCCCGUGGAGAACUCGCUCGGCGGCAGCAUCCACCGUAACUACGACCUCCUGCUCCGCCACCGGCUCCACAUCGUCGGCGAGGUGCAGCUCCCCGUGCACCACUGCCUCCUCGCGCUCCCGGGCGUGCGCAAGGAGAACAUCACCCGCGUCAUCAGCCACCCGCAGGCGCUGGCGCAGUGCGAGCACACCAUCACCCGCAUGGGCCUCAACGUCGUCCGCGAGGCCUUCGACGACACCGCUGGCGCCGCCGAGUACGUGGCCACCAACGGCCUCCGCGACACGGCCGCCAUCGCGUCGUCCCGCGCCGCCGAGCUGUACGGCAUGGAGAUUCUCGCCGACGGAAUACAGGACGACUGCGGCAACGUGACCCGGUUCGUGAUGCUGGCAAGGGAGCCCAUCGUGCCGCGCACGGACAGGCCGUUCAAGACGAGCAUCGUGUUCGCGCACGACAAGGAGGGCACCUCCGUGCUCUUCAAGGUGCUCUCGGCCUUCGCCUUCCGCGACAUCACGCUGACCAAGAUCGAGAGCCGGCCGCACCGCCACCGGCCCAUCCGCCUGGUGGACGACGCCAACCGCGGCACGGCAAAGCAUUUCGAGUACAUGUUCUACGUGGACUUCCAGGCCUCCCUCGCGGAGCCGCGGGCGCAGAACGCGCUGGCCGAGGUCCAGGAGUUCACGUCAUUCCUGCGGGUGCUCGGGAGCUACCCGAUGGACAUGACCCCCAUGACCGCUGGCUCCUCCUCCACCGUCACAUCGUCCGACUCGUAGCUCCCUGGAGAAUCAGUGGAGCAGUAGGGACGUCGGUUAAUUUGUGGUCAUGUCGUCCCACUCCUCCCUCGUUGGCAGCUGGGGUAAUUAGUUUUGUUCUUCGAUGUUCUUGUUGUCAUAAUACCUGUAAAAUCGUGCCAUUUGAGCCAGUUAAUACGCAGUGGAAUACUACUCCCUCCAUCACAGUUUAUAAA